AUGGAUUCAACCAUCGACAAGCCAGAUUACGAAAACCUCGAGGUGAUACAGAGAAAUAGGCUUGCUCCCAGAGCCUACUGGUUACCUCCUACGCAUCUCUUGCUCAAUGGAACAUGGGACUUCCAAUAUGCUCCAACACCCGCAGAAGCCUCAGAAUACCCCCCAAAGAAUGGAAGCUCUGAAGAGGCUUGGUCCGCGAUCAAUGUCCCGGGCCAUUGGCAAUUGCAGGGGCAUGGUCAUCCGCACUACACCAACGUCCAAUUUCCAUUUCCGUCAAACCCUCCUUACAUCCCAACUGAGAACCCCACGGGAACCUACCGACGACAAUUCACGAUUCCUACUGAAUGGGAUAGCACAUCUCAACUUAGACUGCGUUUUGAUGGUGUUGAUAGUGCGUAUCACGUUUGGCUCAAUGGCUCCUUUGUCGGAUAUUCGCAAGGUAGUCGCAACGCUGCCGAAUUCGAUAUCACAGGCAUCGCCAAGAAGGACAGUGAUAACGAACUGGUGGUGAGAGUCUAUCAAUGGUGCGAGGCGUCAUACAUCGAGGACCAAGACCAGUGGUGGCUAUCGGGUAUCUUCCGCGAUGUGACUAUACUGGCACUCCCUGGACAAACUAGGAUUGAAGACUUCUUUGUCAAGACAAACCUUGAUGAUAGUUACGAGAAUGCCGUUCUCCAAGUCGAUGUCACAUUGAAUAAGCCUGGCCCUUCAUCACUUGAACUUCUCCUCAUUCUUCGAGAUUCAGGUGUCGAAGUCGGUUCAACACGCAAGACGGUCAAUGCCAACAGUGAGGUCAAAUUUGAACUCCCUGUUUCAAGCCCAAAGAAGUGGACUGCAGAAAGCCCUUACCUUUACCAGCUCGAGAUUUCUCUCCAGACACAGGGAGGAGAAUCAAUUCAGACCAUUGCACAGAAUGUUGGCUUCCGCAAGGUCGAACUGAAAAAGGGCCUCAUCACUGUCAACGGCUCACCGAUCCUCCUUCGGGGCACGAACAGACAUGACCAUCAUCCAAUCCAUGGAAGGGCUGUUCCUUAUGAGUUUCUCAAACAAGACCUGCUGCUCAUGAAACAGCACAACAUAAAUGCCCUCCGAACAAGUCACUAUCCUGGCCAGCCCUGGCUGUAUGACUUGGCUGACGAGCUAGGAUUUUGGGUUAUGGACGAAGCUGACCUAGAAUGUCAUGGCUUUUAUGAUGUUGUUACUCAGCACGUCCAACCUGCUCCAUAUUUGGAUUAUGAAGGUAGCAAGGAGGAGUUCUUCCCCAAAGCAGCCCAAUUCACCUCUGAUAAUCCAGAAUGGCGUGAGUCCUACCUCGAUAGGAUGGUGCAGAUGGUGCAGAGGGAUAAGAACCAUCCUUGUAUCUUUUCAUGGUCUCUUGGCAACGAGUCCUUUUACGGUGUCAACCACGUCGCAAUGAUUGAGUACGCACGAAGUAUCGAUGACCGACUUAUUCACUACGAAGGCGACAUCAAAGCACAAGAGACUGAUAUGUACUCUUACAUGUACCCUGAUCAAGAUCGACUCAAGAGACAUGUAGAAAUAGACGGCAUCAAGGAUGGGGAGUGGGAGAAGCCCGUGAUUCUUUGCGAAUACGCUCACGCUAUGGGCAAUGGCCCUGGAGGUCUGGAUGACUACCAGGAUGCAUUCCGUAAGUAUAAACGUCUUCAGGGUGGUUUCAUCUGGGAAUGGGCCAACCACGGCCUCUUGCACAAGGACGGCUACUAUGCUUACGGAGGCGACUUUGGUGACGAGCCAAACGAUCACACAUUUGUCAUGGAUGGUCUCUGUAAUAGCGAGCACAAACCGACUCCUGGCCUGAUUGAGCUGAAGAAAGUAUUCCAGCCCAUCAACUUCAAGUACGAGGAUGGAAAGGUGUCCAUCACUAAUGAGUAUGACUUUAUCAACCUGGACCAUUUGGAGGCAAAGUAUGCCAUCAAGGCAUAUGGCGACAAGCUGUCUUUGCUCGAGUCGGGCAAACUCGCCGUUCCAAGCGUCCAACCCUGGGAUACUGUAGAGCUUGCUCUCCCCGUCGACCUGACUCGGUAUUCGGACCACGAGGAGGAAGUUUUCUUGAGCCUCUCGUUUAGUCUCAAGGAAUCUGCGUCGUGGGCACCAGCUUCGCAUGAAGUCGCAUGGUUCCAGCACAAGAUCUCCGCCGACAGACAACCCAGUAUUCCUGCCGGUCUGCCAGCUCACGCCGGAAGUGUUAAGGUUGUCGAAACCCGAACCAAGGUAGAACUGUCCGGCUCGGACUGGAAUAUUCAUUUCGAUCGCGUAAGAGGCUACAUCACCAAAUGGUCUCACGGAUCAGAUCUUUUAGAAGUUGAUCCAGUCAAUCGCGCGGCAAUUUAUCCAUGCUUCUGGCGCGCGCCGACAGACAAUGACAAAGAUAGCGCCGUCAGCGUAUGGAAGGAUUAUGGUGUUCACCGAAUGACGUCUCAGCUGAGAUCGUUCAAGCUUGAGAACGGCACAGACGGCUCUGGUGUCAGUAUCGAGACCAUGACAUACUUUGCGCCUCCAGUUUUGGGAUGGGGAUAUGACAUUCGCACUGUUUACCACAUAUCGUCGAAGGGCGUCUUAUCGAUAAACCUUGACCUCAACCCUAAGGGGGUAUUCCCAGCUGACGUACCUCGAGUUGGUUUGAACAUCAGAUUGCCAAAGACUCUCAGCCGAGCAUCGUGGUUCGGUCGAGGUCCGGGUGAGUCUUAUCCUGACAAGAAACACUCACAAGCCAUUGGAAUUUGGUCUUCGGCUGUUGAUGACCUCGAAGUUCCAUAUGAUGUCCCCCAAGGGAAUGGAAACAGAAUGGAUACGCGUUGGGUGCGGCUUGUGGAUGCAGAUGGUCACGGAAUCAGAGCUUCCAGGCUUGAUGCCAGCACCUUCAACUGGACCGGCAGCCGUCUGUCAGAUCAAACUAUCGAGAACGCAAAGCAUCCUUGUGAUCUAGUUCGCGAAGACGCUACGCUACUUAAUCUGAGUCCGAGGGUUGCUGGUGUUGGUAGCGCUACAUGUGGACCUGGUGUGCGGGACGAUUUAUUAGUCAAGGUUAAGCCUGAGACAUAUGGAUUUGUGUUGCAGAGUUUCUAG